AAUGAACAAUUUUGUUAUAUUCUUGGGUUUACUUUCCAUAUCUUUUGCACUUUAAGUUUUAGUUGAUGAAGGAGAUAAAGUCGAUUAGAAUGAACUAAAUCGAUUAUUUAAAAUAAAUUACGAUGGAUUAGUGUAAGAUUCUACAUAAGUAUUCUUAGUUAUUCAGGCUAUCUUAAAGCAAAUACUGAAGGAACAGCUUAAUUUCAUUAUAUGUUUUACCCAGCACCAGUUGAUGCCUUAAAGAAGCCUGUUAUUCUUUGGUUGAAUGGUGGUCCUGGAUGCUCUUCAUUAUAAGGUGCAUUUAAUGAGAAUGGUCCAUUUGUAUUUAAAGCAGGAACAGCUGAAUUUGAAAUGAACUAGUAUUCUUGGACAAAUUUUGUAACAAAUCAAUAUCUUAUAUUUAAGGCCAAUAUGCUCUAUAUUGAAUCUCCAAUUACCGUAGGAUUUUCAUAUGGUCCAUAAGGUGAAUAAUCAGACGAAUCUACAGCAAAAUACAACAUCAAUGCGUUGGUUGACUUUUUUAGCAGGUUUACAGAAUAUAAAAAAUUGCCAUUCUUCAUUUCAGGUGAAUCAUAUGCUGGAAUCUACAUCCCAACUUUGGCCAAUGAAAUUAUUGAUUAUAAUGCUCUAUAGGCUGCUGAUAAUCGCAUUAAUUUAUAAGGUUUGGCAAUAGGAAAUGGUUGUACUGAUCCUACUGAAUGUACAGAUGAAGCUGAUCCAUUCCAAAUUCAUGUUUAUAAAUUUUAUGGUCGUCACAAUUUUAUUAGUGAAGAAUUAUAUGAAAAAAUAUUGGCAGUCUAAAAUGAAUGUUAUGGAAUCAAAGAUGGAAAAUGUAAAGAAUUAGCUGAUAGAGUUGAAGUUGAAGUUAGUGGAAAAAAGGAAGAUAAUAUUAAAUUCAAUCCUUAUAAUAUUUAUGGCUAUUGUUUUACUUACACUCCAGAAGGUAGUAAGAUGAGUUAAAAAUUUGGUGGUAUGAGAUCACUAAAUGAGGAAUCUGAUGUUCCUCCUUGUGCUGAUGUACAAGGAUUAUAUCAUCAUUUAAGAUCUGCUGAAGUUAGAACUGUAAUAUUUAGUUAUAAUUUUAGCUCCUAAAAAUCAGACAAGAAUCUGCUUAAUGGGCUGUUUGUUCAAGAACUUUGGGAUAAUAUAAGGUAAAUCCUAAAGGAUCUUACUAUUUAUAUUAAAAAAUCCUUAAAAAUUAAAUUAGAAUUUUGAAAUUUAGUGGUGAUGUUGAUGCAGUUGUCCCCUUAACAGGAACAAUGUUUUGGAUUGAUAAAUUGUAGAAAGAAUUAUGUAUUAUAUUAUUAUAAUUUGAAGAUUUGGCUACUUUGAAACCUUGGAGACCAUGGUUUGUUCCUGCAAAGAGAGAAGUUGAUCCAGACUAAAAUGCAGGUUAUGUUAUGGAUUUGGAUGGACUCACAUUAUUGACAAUUAGAAAUGCUGGACAUAUGGUACCAUUGGACAAAAGAGAGGAAUCAGAAAUCUUUAUGUAGAAGUUUAUAAAAGGUGAAUUCUUCCCUUGAGUUU